CCGGGUCCCUGCCCGCCUAGCCUGUGCCCUGCCGCGCUGCUGGGCUGAGAGCUGCGCCCCACAGGCCCCGAACCCCCACUGCUGGCGUCCUCGGCGGUGUAAGCCCCGAGCUGGAUUGUAAAGCAGGAGGGCCCUCCUAUAACCCGGCCAGGAGGCGCCUGGAUGGUAACCUGGACCACUCACAGUGUUGCUAGCUCUUCUGAUUUUCAGUGGGAGUCUUGUAAUAACUGGAGUUAAGGGUUCUUAAAGCCCCAGCUCCUGGAGUCCUGCGACUAGCACCAUGUCCCAAAAGCAGCGGGAUCUGCUGGACCUGGGGCGGCUUGAAUACUUACAAGCGCUGGUCACCGAGUUCCAGGUAACCGAGAGUCCAGAAGCCAAGGAGCAAGUAUUGGCUAAUCUAGCCAACUUCGCCUACGAUCCCAAGAACUAUGAAUAUCUCCGACAGCUUCAAGUCCUUGACCUGUUCCUGGAUAUGCUCACAGAGGACAAUGAGAUCCUUGUGGAGUUUGCAAUUGGUGGUCUUUGUAAUCUCUGUCUGGAUAAAACAAACAAGGACUAUAUUUUGGAGGCAGAUGGGGUGGCACCUGUAAUAAACUGCUUAUCCAGCUCAAAUGAGGAGACAGUGAUGUCGGCAGUCACUACUCUGAUGUACUUGACCACACCACAGUCUCGCCAACAGACCACAGCGUUCCCGGUGGUGGAGUGCAUGUUACGUUUCUCCCUCUCAGCUAACAGGAGGCUAAGCAACCUAGCAAGGGUCUUCCUUGAGGAUUAUUGCUCUCCUGUGCAGGUGGAGGAGGCCAGGAACCUGAGCAAACAUACAGCUGUAGGGAUCCCGCUCCCAAAGGACUGAUGUUA